AUGUCUUCAAUCAGCAUUUGGAAGCUAUUAAUUGUGAUUUUGGCUGUCCUCUAUGGAACAAAUGCUAUGUCAAUACAACAUCGAGCAAAACGAUCAACAGAAGAAGCUCUAGAGAUUCCCGAGAAAGCGCUCAUUGUUGACGAUUCGAACAGCGACUCUGUGUACAUUGUGUUGCCAAAGCGAACGGCCCGACAGCCAGACAAAGAUUUCAUGCCUUGUAAAUGGAAAUUGUGCACAGCGUUAUUCAGCCGGCCGAGUCGUCGCGCUUUCUUGAGGCGC